AUGCCUGAUUGUUGUUCAUGGUUAAGUCGUUUGUGUUGUUAUCGACGACGAUCACAACACACUUAUAUCUAUUUAUAUAGUUCAACAAUGGAUGCUUCAUCGUCAUCAUUAUUAUUUAAUCGUAUUGCUUGUAUUCUUUUUGGAUUUUGUCUUGCUUUUAUUCUUAUUCUAACAGCUAUAGUCAUUUAUUAUUUGAACAGUAAUAUUUUUAUGAUUUCCUCAAAAACAAAUCCUGAUACACGUAUAUUUUCAAUUGCAAAAAAACGACAAUUACCAGAUUUUGUUAAUAUUAAUAUAGAUCCAUGUGAAAAUUUUUAUAAUUUCGUUUGUGACAAAUGGAUACAACAAAAGAAACUUGAAAAAAAUGAGGAUGAUGAAGAAUAUAAAGAAAAAUGGAAACGUAUUCGACAUAGAAUACAUGAUAAAUUAAUGAUAAAUAUUAGCAAUAGUCAACCAAUAUCAAGUGAAGGAGAUAUCACAUCAUCACAGUUAUCUGUUUCAAAAUUAUAUCAAUUAUGUGAAACACAAUUACCAUCUCGAUUACUUGAUGAACUUGAACAUCAUAUUACUCUGUUUAUUCAACAAGAACCAUAUCGAUUACAUUUAACUCUUUUCAAUCAAACAAAUUCAUCUAAUGUCACAUCUUUACCAAUUAUUUUUCAAUACAAUCCAUUUUUUAAAAUAAGUUAUUCAUCGUCCAACAAUGACAGUCAAUCCUAUUCAACUAUCGUAAGAAUCGAUCGUCGUCCAUUACCCUCACCUACAGCUAUAUUUUCUAACUUAACAAGAUUAAAUCAAACAGCAUUUACUAAUCUUAUAAACUUUGAUAAUGAUUAUACAAAAUUUUUACAAGAAGCAAAUGAUACUGUCAAAUUAUAUGAGCAAGAAUAUAAUCAAGAUUCAUUAAUUGUUAAACGAAUAUUAUCUUUCUCGGAUUAUCACAUGUGUCUUUCGUCAUUAAAGAAUACAAAUGGCUUAAAAAGUAUAAUUCAAUUAUUAAAUCAUUUUCUUCAAAAUCGCUUACGUCAAUUUAAUACAAAAUUAAUCGAUAAACAAAUUCGUAUACUUGAGACUAUUACUGAUAAUCAUACACUAGUUGAACACCUGCGACGUAUUCAAUUAGAAUUUAAAAUUAUUGAACAAAUUAUACCUUUAGAAAAUCAAUCUGUUGAUAAUAAUAGUUCAUGCAUUCUCCAUUUACUCGAUAAAUUACUUGAUAAACGAAUACAGUUAAAUGAAUUGCCAUCAAGUACUAAUUUGUUCUUACACAAUAGAACACAAGAAUAUUUUAUUUCAUAUGAUUGGCCUUAUUUAAUCAUGUUAUAUGAUCGUUUAUUAAACAAAAUCUCAGCAGAUACUCUUGUUAAUUUUGUUUUUUUCGAUUAUUAUCGACAUUUAUUUUAUCCAUAUUAUCAGCCACAUGUUCGUCAUCGUUCUAUUGAUGAUGUAAUCAAUCAUAGAAAUGAAUCUUAUACACAUAUAUAUAUAACAAAUGAUUCGAAUUUAUCAUGUCAUGUUAAUAGCUGUUUUGAUAUUUUAAAUUGUUAUCAUCCAUCAUUAAUUAAUCAAUUAAUAGAUGAUAAAAACCAGAUUCUUCUGGAUUCAAUAAAAACAAGUGUUGAAAAUUUUAUAAAUCGUUUUCGUUCAUUAAUCGAACAAUCUGAUCAUUUAUUUAUAGAAGAAAAAAAAUUAUUAAUUAAUGAAUUAAAUCAUAUAAAGAUUUCUUUCGGUCAUCAUUCUACAAAAUUUAAUUUUUUUCCUAAUCUUAAUUCAUCUUCAUAUCUUGAACAUGUUAGAUUAUUUUCAUCGAUUCCUUAUGAUCAACAAGAACAUUCAUAUGCUAUUGAACCAAUUUAUAAUCAAUUAAAUCAUACACUUUUUCUUCCAUAUGGUUUUAUAUAUUUAUCAAAUUAUUCUAUUGAAUAUCCUCUAAUGAAAUUUAUAUUAAAAAUUCUUUCUAAAACAAUACCAUCAAAUCCAUUUUAUAUUGAAUGCUUAAUAAAAUAUUUUGAUGGUUUAAACACAACCAUCAUUAAUAUUAAUGAUGAACAUAUUGUUUAUUUAUUAUUUCGUUCUAAAUUUCUAUUCGAACAAAAUAUCAUUCUGGAUGAAUAUUUAUGGCCAUUUAUGAGUGCAAACUCAUUAAUGAAACAUUUUCUUAUUGAUUAUACAGCAAAUAAUUAUUGUCAUAGUUUAAAUGCGUAUCAUCUAUUUCUUAAUAAUACUUAUUUAAUUGAUGAUAUUUAUUUGGUAUUUCAUUGUCAACAAGCAAGUUCAAUAAAACAAUCGAAAUGUAGUGUUCAUUGA